AUGGCGAUGGAGUCCGCUCCGGCGUCGGCUCCGGGGGCUGUUGCCAUGGAGAUGCUCCCGGUGCUGGAGGAGGAUGAGUCGGGCUUCAGAGCGACCGAGGACCGGAGAGGAGGAGCGGUGAGGCGGCGCAGAGGGCCCCGGUUCGACCGGCGCUGCUACUACCUGCUGGUGGUGAUCGGAGAGAUCGGCACGGAACCGCAGCUGGAGGCGGCCAGGAGGCACAUAGAGCGGGGUAUUCAGUCGUGGGACGUGGACCUGAAGUCAUGUGACUUGGAUCAGCAGCUGCAGCUCUUCAUAACCCGACACUCGGCCCACUUCUCCUCUGAGGUCAAAGGACAGAGGACUCUCCACCACAGCAGUGAUGUCUUAGAGACCGUGGUGUUGGUGAAUCCUUCAGAAGACGCUGUCGUUUCAGAGAUCCAGACUCUGGUCUCAGACUCAGCAGGACACAAACUCCUGGUCCUGAGUGGACAGAGCUCUGACCACGGCGGCCUCCUUCUUCAAACUGGGGUUUUCACUCCCCACUCCUUCUCUCGGGUCUUCACUGAUCCUGGGGUUCGUGCAUCUCUGGGCACAUCACCCCCCAAACAGCAGGCCACCCUCACCGUGUCCUGCCGGGGGGAAGCGGGUUGGAGUUCCGUGGGACAGCAGCCGACCCUGCACGAGUUCCUGGAAUACAGACUGAACCCUGAGCCCGUUCUCCCAAAGAUGGAGGGUGUCACUGAGUUCACAGAGUACAUCUCUGAGACUGUUGACAUCCCUUCGCCCUUUGACCUCCUGGAGCCCCCCACCUCUGGGGGAUUUCUCAAACUGUCCAAGCCAUGCUGCUACAUCUUCCCCGGCGGUCGAGGAGACUCCGCUCUCUUUGCCGUAAAUGGGUUCAACAUCUUAGUGGACGGAGGCUCCGAGCGAAAGUCCUGCUUCUGGAAGCUGGUCCGCCAUCUGGAUCGCAUUGAUUCCAUUUUACUGACACACAUCGGCGCUGACAAUCUACCGGGAAUAAACGGGCUUCUCCAGAGAAAGAUCGCAGAGCAGGAGGAGGAGCAGUCCCAAGGCUCCACCAACUACAGCGACUGGAUGAAGAACUUGAUCUCUCCUGAACUUGGCGUGGUCUUUUUCAAUGUGCCUGAAAAACUCCGUAUGCCAGAAUCCAAUCUUAAAGUCAAACGCAGUAUCGAAGAGGCCUCGCUCACCCUGCAGUACCUGAACAAACUAGGAAUCAAACCAGAGCCUCUCUUCCGAGUGGUUAGCAACACUAUCGAACCCAUUACUCUGUUUCACAAGAUGGGGGUGGGCCGGUUAGACAUGUACAUCCUUAAUCCAGUCAAAGACAGUAAAGAAAUGCAGUUUUUAAUGCAGAAAUGGGCUGGCAACAGCAAGGCUAAAACCGGCAUCGUGCUGCCCAAUGGCAAAGAAGGAGAAAUCUCUGUGCCCUACCUGACUUCAGUCACAGCCUUAGUUGUGUGGCUUCCAGCCAACCCAACAGAGAAGAUCAUCCGAGUGCUUUUUCCAGGGAAUGCACCGCAAAACAAGAUCCUGGAGGGCCUUGAAAAACUUAAGCACCUGGACUUCUUACGCUACCCUGUGGCCACGCAAAAAGACAUCGCUUCAGGAGCUCCCCCAUCGGUUAUCAAACAGACCAAGUUAAAACAAAGAACAGACAGCAAAGAAAGCCUCAAAUCCUCUCCGAAGACGACUGCAAAACCCACGAAGAAAGAAACUGAUGGACAAGAUGACGUAUCUGCCACGACAGAGGCAAAGAGUGACUCUGUCAAGGAAAACAUAUCUAUGAAGAAGGAGGAAAAAAAGCCAAGCAAAACUAUGAAAUCUAAAACUGAUGUACCAGAAAAGAAAAAACUUCUGAAAGAGAAAUCCUUGAAAAAGCACUCAAAAGAAAGGGUAUCCAAAAUGGAUGAGAAAAAGGACAAGGAAAAGAAAGAGAUCAAGAGAGCGAAGAAGGAUGAUGCUGCCAAAAAAGAUGACAAGAAAGAAGUGAAGUCCAAAGAAGACAAAAAAAAGGACACUUCCAAACCUGAGUUAAGAAAAAUCACAAAGCCUGAUCUGAAACCCCUGACACCUGAAGUCAGAAAGACGUUACAUAAAGCAAAAGUGUCAAGUAAAGCCAAAAGUGGCAAAAUCAAGGCAUCUAAGGUGGAACCUGCUGAGCCCAAGAAAGAGGAGCCACCGGUAACUGAAAAUGUUGAGCCUGAGGCGGUAGAAAAUGGAGCUGCCGAGGGUUUGUCAGCUCCGUCCACACCCGAGGACCUCACCAAGGACUUUGAAGAGCUGAAAAAGGCAGAAGUUUCAGCUGUAGCAGAAGAAAGAGUCGACAGAAGUGACGUUUUACUGGAACUAACAGCAAAGACUGUGAGUCAAGAAAGCCAGCAAACACAGGAAAAACAAGAAUCUGAGGAGGGAGAUCAACUCAAAGAAAAGAAAGACAUGGAGGAAGCUCAGAAGUUAGAAGAUGAAGGAGCAGCAACUCAGGAUGAGGAAGAGGACGAUGAGGAAGAAGAGACCAAGAUUGCCGAGAGGAAAACUGAAGAGGAGGAGGUGGAGGAGGACAUGGGAAUUGGAGAGGAGGAAGAUGAAUCCAGAUGGAAGGAAGCCAAAGAUGAUGAUCGGAAACAUGAGACUGAAGAAAUGGAGAAGACCGAGUCAGCAAAGGUUGUGAUGAAAGAGGAAGAGGAGGAAGAAGAGCUGAUGGAUAAGGCAGAGCUGGAGGAGGUGGAGGAUUUAGACGUAAUAGCUGAUGAAGAGAUCAAACCUGAACAAAUGACCACACCACUUCUGACCACAGUCAAACCUGAUGAGGAAGAGGAGGAGGAAGGCUAUCUGUCACAAGUAGGUGGGGCCACAGCUCCGAUAACUUCUGUUGCUCAAGGCGCCGCUGCCGCCGCCGAACCUAUUUCCUACAUCCAAGACGAGACGAUUCCUGGCUACUCAGAAACUGAACAGACCAUCUCUGAUGAGGAGAUCCACGAGGAGGCUGAGGAGAGGAUACCACACCUCCAGUAUGACGUGGGCCAAUACGAUGUCUCUGUUCCUGAUCAGACCGGAUCAUUUGUCGACAUUCAUGGCAUGAGGGAAAUGCAAGCUGCCGCCAUGACCGAGAAGGGUUUCUUUCCUGGAGUGCAGGAGCCAGUUUCGGUGUUUACCAACAUCAUCACCGCUCCUCUUGCUGAAGAAGAACAUGUAUCCUCUGCAACUUCUAUCACAGAGUAUGACAAAGUGUCCUCCUUCCCUCCUUCGAUCGCCGAAGACCAGUCUGUGGCAUCAGUUGCUGCAGCUCCAGCUGAGGAACCAAAAACCCCUGUUCCGGUCUCUACUCCACCUACCCACAAAGAGCCACGCUCUGCAGAAACACUCUCACCACCGUCUUUAGAGGAUGACAAGCAAGCUAAGUCUCCAUCAGAGGACUUACAGCUACCUGUUGCAGAAGUGAAGACAGCAGCAAAGGAGGAGGAGGAGGAGGAAGAAGAAGAAGAGGAAGAAGAUCAAACACCAAAUGUUGACAUUUCACUCGACAAACUUCAAGAGGGCUAUGCUGUCCCUCAAAUAGGACAGCAUAAAGAAGAGAAAGAAAGUGAAAAACGAGUAGUGUCUCCUGUUUUGAAGGCUGUACCUGAUCCUAAAGCUGUCCAUCUGUCUGUAGAAGAGGAAAAUAUUGAUGCAUCUAAAGAUGCUUCUUCAACUGUUCCCACCAGACCAUUUGGAUCCGACUCAGUAACAUCAGAAAGUGAAGAACGUUGUUUCAGUCCGGAUGAUAUCACUGUGAAAAUGGCUUCUCCGCCUCAGUCCGGUCCGCCGAGUGCGGCUCAUUCUCCGAUCCGUCAGUCACCCAGCGAAGACAAGGUGAAGGCGUUCCCUGAUUUAGAACAGGAACCGCUAAAAGACGUCCCUAAAGCUGUGUCUAUUGAUAAAACUGAACACAAAGAGAUAGAGACACAAAAAGAUCGCGAGAAGCAUGAGGUAGAUAGUUCCACAUCUUUGGACAUAAAAGAGGUUCCGCUCGUAAAAGAGUCAGAAAAAGAUAUUUCAUCUGUGCUAAAAGAUGGUGAACUGGCAGGAAAAACUGAAAGUCACGCAGCAAUAUUUACAGCAGAUUCAUCAUCUGAACAAACAGAUGAACUGAAAGUGCCUAUUCCAGGUAAAUUUACAGAAAGGGAUUACCUGGAUGACAAAGAUAAGAAAGAGGAUGAUCAUGACGAUAAAUCUGCAGUAAAAGCUACUAAGGUGGAACAAGAAAAAGAGACAGAAAAGGACAUUUCAGAUGUCAGUCAAAUGGAGGAUGAACAGAAACAGAAAUAUGAUAAACAGGAGGACACUUUCGUCACGAAGGCGAUCGUAGAGGAAAAAACUGAAAAGGAGGCAAAAGAUGAAACUAAAGCUGUCAAAGAACAGAUUACAGAUCGAGUGGUUAAAGAUGAACAGAAAGAAGCUGAUGUCCAUGCAUCCAAAAAAGCAGAAUCUGAGCAAAUUAAAGAACAAGAGGUGAAGGAAACAACCCAAGAAGAUCCUCACAUUAAAGUUAAAACUGAGACAGAGGAGAUGGACGUUAAAAAAGACAAAGUGUCUGGUGUUAGUUUUACAGAGGACAGAAAGGGAGACGCUUUAGAUGUGGAUGAGAAAGAAACUGAAACGACCGCAGAUAUGCAGCCCAUUAAAGAACCCCAAAAAACUGAAGGGGUUAUAAUUAAGCCUAGUGGAGAUGAGGAACCGAAAAAGGAUGAAAAACCUGAAAUCAAACCAGAGGAAGAGAUAAAACAGACAGAAGGUUUCAUCACAGAUAGAAAGGAAACAGAGAGGGAUGAAACAUCUGGUCCUAAACCCAGCAAAGACGAACAAAUGAUCAUUAAGGAUGAUACGUCAGCUGCUGAAGAAGGAAAGGGCAAAGAGACAAGUAAAGAUACUGAGAAGGAAAAGGAUAUAUCUGAAAGCAAAGAGGUGUUCAAACCAAGCACAGAAAAAGGAAAGGAGGAAGAGACUCAGAAAGAUAUUAGUCCUCCUACUGAAGUCCCAGAAAAACGUACAGAAAAAGAUAUUAGUCCUCCUACUGAAGUCCCAGAAAAACUUACAGAAAAAGAUAUUAGUCCUCCUACUGAAGUCCCAGAAAAACUUACAGAAAAAGAUAUUAGUCCUACUGAAGUCCCAGAAAAACUUACAGAAAAAGAUAUUAGUCCUCCUACUGAAGUCCCAGAAAAACUUACAGAAAAAGAUAUUAGUCCUACUGAAGUCCCAGAAAAACUUACAGAAAAAGAUAUUAGUCCUACUGAAGUCCCAGAAAAACUUACAGAAAAAGAUAUUAGUCCUACUGAAGUCCCAGAAAAACUUACAGAAAAAGAUAUUAGUCCUCCUACUGAAGUCCCAGAAAAACUUACAGAAAAAGAUAUUAGUCCUCCUACUGAAGUCCCAGAAAAACUUACAGAAAAAGAUAUUAGUCCACCUACUGAAGUCCCAGAAAAACUUACAGAAAAAGAUAUUAGUCCUACUGAAGUCCCAGAAAAACUUACAGAAAAAGAUAUUAGUCCUACUGAAGUCCCAGAAAAACUUACAGAAAAAGAUAUUAGUCCUCCUACUGAAGUCCCAGAAAAACUUACAGAAAAAGACAUAAAGGAUGACACUGUUACUUUCACACCAACAGUAGGUGCUUCUGCUGUUAAACCAAAAGAAGAAAACGGUGAAACCUCCUUCCCCAAACUGAGUCAGAUUGAGGAAACGCAGAUAUUAUCUAAAGAUGAAGAUUCCUCUGUCAAAGCAGCAAUGGAGGAAGAGAAACCAAGACUUACUGAUACUGAACCAAUGAUGGAACCAGAGAAAGAAAUUAUUAAAGAUGUCAAGACAUCCACAGAUCACAUGAGCACAGAGGAAGCCAUGUCUUUUCCUAAACCAACCACACAAACUGAAGAAGACAAAAGAAUGAGUCAAGAUGGUUUUGCUGAAGCUGAAGCUGUGACAGUAGAAGACAAGAAAACUGAUGAUGAAGAACACAAACUGGCCUUCAAAACAUCUGCAGGAGAAGAAAAAGUUCUGGAUCAUGGUGUCUCAGUAAAGUCCAUCCAACAGGACAAAGAUACAGAUGCUGUUAAAGGUGAAGCACCUGAUAUCAAACCCUCCAAACCAGAGGAGAGCAAAAGUACUACCGAUGUGAAAGUCGUCACGGAUGAGGAAAGGAAAGCAGACGUGAAAGAUCUCCAAAAGGAAACGCCGAAGGAUGAAACCCAGGAUAAAGAAGUUAAGGUCAAAGAGGAAGAAAAGGAAAAAGAAAAGACAACUGUUCUGUCCAUGAAGGAGCCAAAAGAAAACGACAGAGAUGAGAUUUCAGCGCAAACCACAAAGGAUGAAAAAGAAGUGGAAAAAAGAGACGCCUCUGACAAACAGAGAACAUCACAUGAAGCUAAAGAACUGGACAAGGGUGAAAAGUCUGACCACAAACCCAUUCUGGAAGAAGGAGAAGAAAAAGAAACUAGUGAGGACGACACAAAAAAAGAAACAAACGGUAGUGUUGAACAUGACAAGGACAGAGAAGAAAAAGAGCAAAAAGUUGAGGUCGAGGAGGAAAGAAAAGAUGGAGUCAAACAGCACAGUUAUGAACCUGAAUCUGCCAAAAAGGAAGAUGAAGAAGAGUUUAAAGUUAGCAUUAGUGAUGUAGGAUCUAUUUUAGGGCCAGAGACAAAGGAGGAGGCUCCAACAUAUGACACCAAAGAUGGCAAACAAGGAAAAGAUGCUGAUCAUUUUGCACCUGAAGCCAUUACGCGUGAUGAAAAAGAUGUGGAUGUUGCUCAUGCGUUGGAAAAGCAGAAAACUAAACAUGAGGUUUCUGAGGUUGGUGAUAAGACAAUCCAUGAAGAAACCACAGAGAAGCCUCCUGCAGAUCACAAAGAGAAGGAACCCUUUGGUGCGGUAUCGGCAGAAAAGCAACCAGACUCUGUAAUUCCAUCAAGUCCAGACCUGAAACUUAGAGAGGAUGAUGCACAUGUCUCUGUCCAUCAGAUCCAGGAAGAUAAAAAAGAAGAUAAAGAGGCGAAAAUCAGCAGCAGCCAAGAAGAGAAGACUGAUAAAGAAAAGGAUGACGCACAUGUGGCUGAGCUGAGCAAAGAGCAGAAAAUGGAAAAAGAACAAGAAAAAGAUGAGACUGAGGAAGUUAAAGAUGAAAAGCUUAAACCUCAAGAGACAGAAAAAGAGGUUAAAGACACAAAGGUGGAUGAGAAAGAGAAGUACGACUCCUCGGAUGCCAAAGAGGAGAAAUGGGAGAGAGAGGAAGUCCAGGAGAAAGACGUGGACAAAGCCGUUAAACAACCUCCAACGGUGGAAUCAGGAGACGCAGCAAUGGCGUCCAAGUCUGAUUACAAACCUGCUUUUGUGGUUCAGUCCUCUGAUGAAGACCGUGAUGAAGAAGAAGAGGAGGACAUCUGCAUGGGAGGGGCCGGGUCCAGACCUUUAUCACUGGACCCGAGAAAAUCCCAACAUGACAUCUACUCUGCGGACCUGCUGUCAUCUGAAAAAGUGAACACGGUGAUUAUACCGACGCUCACGAUGCAAGGACCCUCCAUCGAUGAAGACUACACAAAAGAAGAACUGACUACUAUUCCAUCUGAAGUAGACGAAGAAGAUCUAAAAACUAAAACCACACCUACUGCACCGGAGCCCUCUGAGGAGACCUCAAGUCCAAAAAAAGAGUUGCCUUCAGCUGGUCCCUUCACUAAAGCAGAAGUACCACCAGACCGAGCAGAGACACAAAAGCCAGUUUUAUCAGCAGUAUCAAGCACAGAGAGUCAACCUAGGAGCAGCACACUGUCGAGCACCGAGAGCCAGGCCAGCGUCGAUGAAACACUACCAUCCCAGGAGUCAGGUUCUGGUCCUAAAGACAGACCUGGUAAGGAAGCAGAGCGUGAAAUGGAAGGAGAGCAAGAGGUGGCAUCUCCAGGACUAUCACAGCCCUGCUCUUACUUUAUGUUGGAUAAAGAUUCUGAGAAGGCAGACUCUGCAACAAUGGGUAAAACUGCCUCAGAGGAGUCUAGUGGAAGCCUACAAGAUGAAAAGUCAACAUCUAAGUAUGACCCGUACGAAAAGCCCAUCCCACAUGAUCAAGACGGGGACCAGAGACCAGACAGCGAGGCUCCUUUGGGUAUCAGUGAGGUUUCAGACAUAGGCAUUGAUGAUAACAGGCGGAGCCUUCAGACAGAACCAGCUGGUGCCUUGUUUCUUCUGGAUGAUCAGUACAAAGAAGAACCACUGUCCUUCAGCAGAGUGGACUACAGUCCAGUGUCACUCACAGAGAGCCCACAGAGCAUCUCACCCAGAUAUGAAGACCGAGAGAAAGGCCAAGAAGAAGAGAGUGAGAGGGAAGAAAGGGCUGAUACACUUUAUGCUGACAAGAGCUUCAUGCAGGACAAUAAAAUGGCACAGGCAGCAGAGUCUUUUAGCCCAAAAGAAGAUAAACCAGAAAAAUCAGAGAACGAGAAAGAGAAAGAAGAAGCUUCAGCGGCGGUUCAGAUGGAUUCAGCUUCUACGAGUACUGCUGUUCGUUUGACUGGUGCAGCAUCAUUCACAGAGAUGAAAGAAAAGUCUGAAGAGUCCCUGAAGUACAAGACAGGAUCCUGGGAAAGAGAAGAUUCCUCAUCCGGUCGACGGUCACCUGCAGAGAAGGACAUGUUACCUCAACAAGCAGAAGCAUCACGUGUUUUACCUUCAGACCAUGAAAAGACAAGAAUGUUCUGGAAUCUGACAAUAGAAAUGAGUAGCUCUUACACGUUCCCUGAAAGCAAAGAGAGUCUGGUGGAUAAAAGGCUGCUAGUGGAAGGAGAAGACUUCGACGAGGACGAUGAGGAUGACGAGGACGAUGAGGAGGAGGAUGAAGAAGAGGAGCUGAGUGAUGUAGAUAUGGAGAAGGGAGCCAGAGAGAAGUCUGAAAAAGAGAUGUGCGGGCGCAGCUCUGACAGUAGUGUUCAGGCACUGGAGGUAGAGGACUCCAAUAAAAAGUCUGAGUCAGGCUCCGUUAAAGAGGAUUCAGCCUGCAGAGCUGAUGAAUCACCAGCUUCCAAAGUCACAGAGACGCAAAAACCAUCAUCUGCUGAAACAGACGCUGGAGCUGCAGCCAAACCUGCUGAGACAAAAAGCGAAGAAGUCGCAAAAACACCUCCAACACCCGGAACAGAUUCAGACAUCCUAAAACCUGCCGACACAAAGAAAGGAGACGAUGCAGACAACAAAAAGCAUUUAUCUCCUGAACCGAUCACAAAGAGGAGGCUGUCGUUUGUGGAGGACAUCGCUCCCUCUGAGGCUCUGCAGGCUCAUAAAGCAGGUGAAGACAAAGCUUCUCCAGAGACAAAGGACCUUUGUCAGCCAAAGACCACAGGUGUCCCUGAGCCCUCAGAGUCCAGAAAACCAUCCAGUCCCUCCCCUCCACUGACAGGAAGCUACGCUGUCAUUGGAGGGUAUUCACAGCAUUCUCAAAGCAAAGACAGUCCAGAACGCUCGUCUGACUCAGAAAGCUCCCAUCUACCUGAGAGUGACGAUAAGUAUUUCAGCCAAGCAAACAUUCAAGAAGAACCUGAUGUGGAUGAGAGGAAGACUUCAGAUACCACCUCAAAAUGUGAGGAGACCACCUCAUCAGUUUGUACAUACACCACGUUGACGUACUCUGCCACAUCUUACAGUUACUCCUCAUCAGCCUCGACAUCUUCUCCGCAGAUUCAGCACUUUGAAAGAUCUACAUCUGGCUCUGAGGUCCCUGUAGUCCAACCGGAACAGUCGCCGAAACCAGAGCCCACAGGUCUGAGUUCUGCAGGGCUUCAGAGAGACGAAUACAUGGAGGUGACGAUGACAGCCGCAUCGAAAGUGUCUUUACCUGGUCAGUUUGAGGAGGGAAAACAGCUUACACCUGCCCAACAAAGUGGCUCAGAAAAACCUGACGCGGACACAAAAAGCACAGAGAAUUUUUACAUGUUAGAAACAAAGAUAACAACGUCCGGUGCAGCUCCACAGAGUAAACCAACUGGAGACUCAUCACCGUCAGGGGCUCACUUUGACGUCUGCCCCCUCCAAAGGGCUGACUCUGCUGACAGGGCGUCUCCUGGCUCAGCAGAACAUCCUAGUACACUUGAAAUGGAGGAUAGCACCUUACCGUGUCGUAUUGAAUGUCAGAAAACUGCGGUGACUGAGCAAAAAUCCACGUUUGAGUCGUACAUGAUGGGAAUUACCUCCGUAGGCUCCACAGAGACCAAGUCAGUCAGCAUCACCUCAACAGCUGCUGCUGCAUCAAAACCUGAACCUCAAGCCUCAGUUUCUCCAUCAAGUAUUAGCACAGAUACCAAAACCUCAUGUGCCACAGGAUCCACAUCAGAUAAAGAAAAGGACAAAACUUGUGGGGAAGGAGAUAAGACUGGAUCCACUUCACUGCUAAAGGAUGAGGUGAAGGACAAAGGUGCUGAAGUUAAACAGAAAACGGAGGAAAAAACUUGCAAAGAGAAGUCAUCUCCCACUGAUGCGGUGAAGGAAGGAGAAUUUAGAGCCGAGAUAGAGAAAGGUCUGUUGGAGAAGCCAUCAGAGAGGUUAGAGGUGAGGAGGAAGAGCAGUAUAUCGGACUGGGAGCUGCUGCAGAGGCCUGACGACUGCCCGAGUGCUCCACCCCCGGGUUAUGGCGACAAUGACGGAGAGGACGAGGACGAGGAGGAGGAGCCAAUGGAGGCGAUGGAGUGGAUGGCCGGUAUUCACGACUCAGGUGUAAAGGCUGAACGUCCAUCGGACCUGAACCCUCCCUGCUCCUCCGCCUCCUGCGAGUACAAACAUCGCAAAGGAGAACUUUCGCCAUCCUUCAUCAACCCCAGCCCGCAUCAGCUGUCCAGUGACGACACCAACGAAGACCGAUCCCAGGAUGGAGAUGGAGAUGAGGAUGAGCAGGAGCAGCAUUCAGUGAAGAAGAGGUCCCACAAGCAGAGGCGCCACCACACUCACACUCACCAUGGAGACGGUGGACACCAUUUUCCCGGUGGUAUGUCAUCAGGGCCGGCGGUGACUUUGGCUGGAGAAGAAACACCUCCGACUUCAGCGAGUGAGUCACUGCCAUCGCAGUCAGAUUCAGACGUGCCUCCUGAAACUGAAGAGUGUCCCUCCAUUACAGCCGAAGGAAACCUGGAUUCAGAUGAAGAUGCUGAACAUCUGCCGGUGGACAAACUGUCCGCUGCUGCAGCUGGAGGUGGACACCAUCCUUCGUCACCGCGGUCCGCUCAGAAAAGCCAAGACCCCCUUCCCACCCCGAUGAAGGACCCUCUGCCUCACCCUCCUCACCCUGACGUGUGCAUGGUGGAUCCAGAGUCUCUGAUCAACGACCACAGCGGCACAGAGAAGCUCCUGAAGAAGGAGCACAAGAGCAGCAGGGGGCUCAGGAAGACCAAACCCAAAUCUACAUCUCCUGCUCGAAAGGGAGAGGGCCGGAAGAGGGCCUCUACUCCAGUAAAACAGACCUCCAAGGACUCUGCAUCGCCCCGCUCAGCUUCACUGAAGAGGAAGGACCCAGAGAGGAGCGCUAGACUCAUCAAGAUGUCUGAGAAUCAAGGGUCCAGGAGUGAGAUCCUUAACCCUGGAAAAGGCCUGGUCAAUGGGGUCAAGAGCAGUUCAGGCAACAACUCCCAGAAAUCCGGUUCUGCUGUUCCUCCUGGACCGCCCAUCUAUGUGGACCUGGCCUACGUACCGAACCACUGCAGCGCCAAGAACGUAGACCAGGAGUUCUUCAAGAGAGUCAGAGCAGCGUACUACGUGGUGAGCGGGAAUGACCCGAGUAGUGGAGAACCGAGUCGAGGAGUCCUGGACGCUCUGCUGGAAGGGAAGGCCCAGUGGGGCUCCAACCUUCAGGUAACUCUGAUCCCGACCCACGACACUGAGGUGACCCGGGACUGGUACCAGCAGACCCACGAGAGGCAGCAGGACCUGAACAUCAUGGUCCUGGCUUCCAGCAGCACCGUGGUCAUGCAGGACGAGUCCUUCCCUGCCUGCAAGAUCGAGUUCUGAGCUCGGCCAACCCAUCAUCCAUCAUGUACUGCUCUGCUUCUUCACAGCUCCACAUUAUUGUAUGAUACUGAACAUAUCUGCUGCUUGAUUCUGUUCAUGAAGGAAUGAACAAGAACAUUCCUGUUGGUUUUCUCUUUGCCAUACUAAUGAUGCGAAACAAAUAAACUAGAAUCAGCAUUAACAGACAGACUCACACUGUACGUCAGCUGUAGCUUUAAUUUCAGAUAAGGACAAAACGCUCGUCACUCAAAAGGCUGGGUUACACCAACAGAGAUUCAUUUCACAUUCGCUCUAAUCCGAUUUGAAUAAAACUCAGCUUAAAAGGAGUGAAGUCAGAUUUAAAAUGAAGCAGAGCUCUGUUAUAGUAUGAAAACCUGCCACGUACAAGCACAAGCAACAGUCAUAUCUGACACCUUAAUUCGCCUUCGUAUUCAUUUUCUGUAUGAAUUUAGCGUUAAUAUCAUUCUGCAGUUUUUAAGAAAACACACAAAUCAGACCACGUGAAAAAUGCAUGAAUAAUGUGCUAUGAGGUCGACUAAACCCAUCCGUCUUCAGAGCCUCGUUCCUAAAUCAGACUUAAACGUGGAAAUGUGGUUCAGACCUUAAACUGGACUCCAGACGCCAAACUUUAUCAGUAUUCAUCAGUGUUAGGAUAUCGAAUCCAGGAUUUAU